AUGGACCGGAUGCGCCAACGCGGACGUUUCGGUCGAGCCAAUUCGAUGUGGAUUCCCGGCUCCUUCAGUGACAGCGAUAGCGGCGAUCAGUUCAGUCCCGCUGCUCACACCCCGCCAAGCUCUGACGAGUACCAAUCGCCUUCCAGCAGGAUGUCUCCCAAGGUCAACACCGCUGGUCUUCGACCACUCCAGGAAAUCGCUGAAGAGGCUAACAUGUGUGCGGCGUCCCAGCUUGCGUUCGAUAACGACGAUGAGGCCUUGGCUCAACUCGAAGCUCGGAUCGAAGAACUCAACGCUGAGUAUGAGCAAGUCCUGAACGGCCAACCUGGUAAGGACAAGGAACACGGCCUUGCGGACGCCUCCAGCAACGAGCGCGAAGAACACGACGAGCAAGAUCCCGCUGGACACGGCGCAAACGGCCGCAACGACCCCGCCGGACUCCGAGGGCUGGUUAAAGCCCACGAGAUGGCAGUGAAGAAGUCUAUUAACAGUGCCCGUAACAUGAUCGGGGCGUUCCCCUCAGCCGUCGAUCUUUUCCCCGUGUACAACAACAUGCGCUCCGUGGUUGAGCACUCCAACCAAGUCGCGGGAGGUAUGAUUGGUCAGACUCCAAGGCGUGUCUUUGACCCCUUGCUGUCUCCCCGGCCCUACGGGAAUCAUCGACGUCAGGUUGGGACACAUUCACUAUCGCAUACCGACACUGCUCCUCCUCUCUCGGCGGAAGUCAAGGCUUCUCCUUCUGCUACACGAGCCGAUGAUCAGGGUGAAGAGCAGUCCGUGAAGAAGAAGUGGAGUACUGUUAAGGUCAAGUCUGGAGAUGAUGAUGGCAAUAACCCAACUGCAGACUGGCCAAACGUCCCUUUGACACACUUGAACAAUUUUGUUUGGUCGACUGUGCCGUCCAUGACAUUUUCCCAUGCUCGCACUGCGACGAGCGCAUCUAGGUCACCGCUUCCUGAGCUCAGAACUUUCGAGGACGUCCACAGCCAGAUUCGCGAGCAGGAUAUCGAAACCAUCCUGAAAGCCGAUAACAUGGCUGCUCAACGUUGGCACGAACGCGAAUUUGGUCCCGUUUCUUCGUCGAGCGGGCCUGCAGCCCUGCAGCCUGAGUCCGCUACUUCGCUUCUAGACCGCACGCACGCAAAGAAGAACGCAGCCAGCCAGCCAUCGCUAGAGGCCCAUUGCGGUGUCCACACGGGUCAAGAUCACAACGUCAACUGUAUUACCCUCAAGGAAGGUAUCUCACCCAUCGAUCUUCUGAAUCUUCUAGAUAACUCCGACAUUUCCGAUAUCGAGUUCGAGAUCGAAGACGAUUGUGCCGAGGUCAAGAACGGCGACGCGACUGCCAGAAUUACUACUUUGGAGCCGCGUAAAUUUCUUCCGACUGUUCCGGAACAUAAGAAGCAGGCUCGCGUAUCAGUAGAUGGUCUCAACUAUGCUCUCAGCACAGAUGGAGAAGAAUACAGCGACUCCGACGCCGGUUCAAUUCCCGACAUCAUCUUGAUGGACAAUGGUCUGCCAGAGAAGACUUCUGAUGUCGAGACCGCUACCGGCUCUGCUUCUGCUGACAGCACCCCCGCACCGGACGACGCUAUGGUAGACGAGUUUCUGGACUUCACUGCCAACGCCUUCUCGCGCGAUGAAGUCUUCGAGAUCCUUCGUAUGUGUGGCGCGAAUCUGGUUGUUGCUGUUUCCAUGUACCGCAACGCCCGCAGCCUUGAUCAUAUCCGACAGAUGCUGAGGGCUUGGCUUGCGCCGCUUGAGAACGGUGGUUUGGGAGAAAUGGAUCGCCAGUCCAUUCAAGACGGCGUAAUGAACCCCUUAAUGGUCACUGAUCCCUCACAUGCCUUCACACCUCUUCACAACGAUGAACCUACUGGAACAACGAUGGAUGUACGAGAUGCCGACCGUUUCAACAUACUCCGACCUUUGAAGGACAUCGCAAGCUCCACAGAGGAAGACGAGUCCAAGAAGGACCAGGACAAGGCCAAGAACAAGACGGGCGCUGUUCGUGCAGCCCCCUCUGCGAUUAGUGACGGAUAUGGCGGUUCAGGUGGGCUAAGGGAUCCCCUUUGGGCUCCGUCAAGUUGGGAAUACGAGUGUAAUGACCUUGCUUGGUUGAUAAACCCCAACUCCGCGCCUGGUAAUCCGGGGUCUACUGGACCAGGCCCACAGAGCUCAGGAGACGACGCAUGGGCUUCCAUUGGUAACCUUAAAGACUCCAACAACGCUCCCGAACCAGAAGCUCCUGUAUCUACUGACUAUACCGUCACCUAUUGGGCCACCGUCGAGUCCGGCGACAAGACUGUCCACAUUCCCAUCAACAGCAGCGACGUCUCCGGUCCCGAGAAGAACAUCAUCGAGAGCAGCACUGGUAUGAAGAAGAUCUGGAAAUGGGCUCAAGAGAAAGGUCUUAGCGACAAGAUCAGCCUUCAAGACGCUUUCGACCUCGCCAAGGACAUGCACUGCAAGGACGAAAUCGACCAGCCAGUCAUUAAGGAGCCUGAGCGUGCCACAGAGCUCCCACGUGCUACCCGCCGCAGCCACAGCCCAUAUCCACAACGCGCUGCUCCCGCUGUAGGUCUCUCCGGUGUGAACUACGUUUACCCCAACCCCCCGCGUGUUCACCCGAUGACCUCUCCGAUGAGUCUGGUCGAUCCGGCCCACGAGGACGUGUGUGAUGAGGGCGAGGGGUCCAUCCGCAACGCACCCAUGCUCGAGCAUGCUGAGAAAGAUACGGGGAACACCAGCACUACUCUGAAUCAACUCCACAUUGUUGCUGAAUUGCAAGAGCUGCGAUCCCUGAACAUGCGUCCCUCAACCCUUCUCAGCGCCACAGCGCUCCUCCCCUUCGCAAAGAGCGCCUGCGAACGCGAAUUCCUCGCGGCCUUCACAUCGCUCUACCUCUCUGCCCAAACCAUCGGCAACUCCACGCUCCUCACAAACUACAUGCUGCAGAACUUCACCUACACGGAGAACUUCAAACCCGCAAACCUUUCCGCCGCAACAUCUAUCAUCAACACGCCCCUCAACAGCACCAACUCGCGCGUCUUCCUAGACCAGUAUCUCUGCAGCGCCUUCACCGAGAUCAUCGUGGCAGACUCAAGCCAUCCGUAUGUUCUCGGUGUGCGCGUAGAGGGCAACGGGAAGUUUGUGACGAAAAUGGAGACCCUGGUUAGUGAUGAAGGGGAUUGGUUGUUCAAUGCUACUGGUACGGCGUACUGGAAUGCGAUGCAGGAUUGGUCGCCUAUUCCGCUUGCGGACCAGGAUACCCGCGAGGUCAUCAAGGCGGCUGGAGAUGCGUACUUCAACCGCUUUGGCAACGUCAAUGUGACGAUUCCGUUUGGCACGCCUUGUGCCAGGCUUGAGGGAGGUGCGUAUACUGAUACGAGUAUGACGAAUGGCGAGACCUGCUCUUUGGGCCUGCCGAGUACCGUGUAUGUUCAGGAUCGCCGCUAUGUGGUUGAUGUCGAGAUGGGGAGUGUGAAUAUCUAUGUGGGGUUUCCGGGGUUGGAUAGGGCAAGUGAGACGCCGGCGCCGGAUAGCCAUACUUUCCGCGUUGAGAAGGGGAAGAUUCGGUAUGUGCAUACUAUCUCAACGUGCGAGAACUUCGGAUGUGGGUUGAAUGGAACGUAUAUACCGAUUGGCGGUGGAAGGAAGACGGCGAGAGGUAUCGCUGCUCCAAGGCUUCGAAAGACAAGACGCGCGUUAUAG